AUGGAGGCAUUUGAAGUAGUGAACGAAGGAAUUGGAAUGCAAAUUGAGUUCAUUUGGAGGAAAAUUAGAGAGCCAGUGAUUGUGCCAAUGCUCAGAGUUGCAGUGUUUUUGUGCCUAGGCAUGUCGAUAAUGAUGCUCUUUGAUAAAGUUUACAUGGGAGUUUCGAUUUGUUUGGUGAAGUUGUUUGGGAGAAAACCAGAGAAGCGUUAUAAAUGGGAGUGUUUUGUGGAUGAUGUUGAGUUGGGAAACUCUAAUUAUCCAAUGGUUCUUGUUCAAAUUCCAAUGUAUAAUGAAGGAGAGGUCUAUCAGUUAUCAAUUGGUGCUGCAAGUGGACUAUCUUGGCCUUCUAAUAGACUCAUCAUACAAAUUCUUGAUGAUUCAACUGACCCAACUAUCAAGGAGUUGGUGCAGGUGGAAUGCAAUAUCUGGGGAAACAAAGGAGUGAACAUAAAGUACGAAGUUAGAGACAACAGAAAUGGUUACAAAGCUGGUGCUCUUAGAGAAGGAAUGAAACACAGCUACGUGACACAAUGUGACUAUGUUGUUAUCUUUGACGCAGAUUUUCAACCGCAACCUGAUUUUCUUCGCCGAACCAUUCCUUUCCUCGUCAAUAAUCCUGAAAUUGGCCUCGUGCAAGCUCGUUGGAAGUUUGUGAAUGCCGAUGAAUGUUUGAUGACGAGGAUGCAACAAAUGUCACUUGAUUACCAUUUUAAAGUGGAACAAGAAGUGAGCUCUUCAGCUUAUGCCUUCUUUGGCUUCAAUGGGACUGCAGGUGUAUGGAGAAUUUCAGCAUUGAAUGAAGCUGGUGGCUGGAAAGAUAGGACUACAGUGGAAGACAUGGACCUGUCUGUACGUGCAAGUCUCAAAGGAUGGAAAUUCUUAUACCUUUCCAAUUUACAGGUUAUAAACGAAUUGCCAAGCACUUUAAAGGCCUUUAGAUAUCAACAACAUCGAUGGUCAUGCGGGCCUGCCAAUCUCUUCAGAAAAACCGCUAUGGAGAUUUUCGCAAGCAAGAAUGUGUCUUUGUGGAAGAAGAUAUAUAUUCUUUACAGUUUUUUCUUUGUUCGAAAGAUUGUGGCGCACGUCAACACAUUUGUGUUCUAUUGCAUUGUGUUGCCUGCAACUGUUGUGGUGCCUGAAGUUGUUGUCCCUAAAUGGGGAUCUGUUUAUAUUCCUUUCGUCAUCACCCUUCUAAAAUCCGUAGGAACUCCAAGGUCAUUUCAUUUAGUUUCAUUUUGGAUUCUCUUUGAGAAUACCAUGUCUCUGCAUCGAACAAAGGCAACAAUUAUUGGUCUAUUAGAGGCUAGUAGAGUGAACGAAUGGGUUGUCACUGAAAAACUUGGAGCUACUCUCAAGGCUAAAGGUGGUGGUAAAGUAUCCAAAAAUAUUCAAGUUAAGAUUGUAGACAGGAUUGGAAUGUCAGAAUUUUGUGUUGGACUCUACCUCUUAUUUUGCGGUUCAUAUGAUGUUAUGUAUGGGAAAAAUCAGUUCUUCAUAUUCCUAUACAUCCAAUCCAUUGCUUUCUUCAUCUUGGCAUUUGGAUAUGUUGGCACUGUUGUUCCUAACUCCUAG